AUGGUAGUAUUAGAGAUACACUGACUGACCGUGAUGGUGGUCAGGAAUCUGCACGCCCCCUGCUUAAUCGACCGAAAUAUGAUCCAAUUCGAAAUGUAUUUCAACAAAAUGAGGAGGGAAUAGACAGCAAUAGCACAAACUUCUGGGUCUAGAAACUAUGAACAAGUUAACAUACCACGCAAUGUAGUGUUUUCUGCCUCUCAGAUAUAUCAACAAGCCUACAAGGGGGGACAGGUACCAGGUUAUGAGGAAAUUUCUCCAUCUAUGUUUCCAUAUCGCCCAGAAAUGCCAAUGAACCCUGCAAUGAUGCAAAUGGCAGGAAAUCCAUAUGGAAAUAUGUACAAUUCAAUGCAUCACAGUCCAUAUUAUAAUCAUAUGCCUUUCCAGGGUCCACCAGCAUCUCCUGUUCAUGGCUCAUUCAUAUACCCAUACUAUCCUAUGCAGGGUUCCAUCCCUAAUUUACAAGGAGGACCAGCACGAAUGUCCCAUCCCUCAGAACAAGGUGGACCAUCUGCUGAUGUCUUUCUACAACAACUAUCUGCAAGGAGUUACCAUUCCUAUGAUGGAUCAGAGCCUCGUGUGUACAAUCAAUACCCAACAAAUUAUCUCCCUUUUUCAAAGGUUCCUCACCCUCCUGAUACAAAUACAAACUCUAGUAAGAAGCCCCCUAUUCCUAAUAAUACAGGUCUGAAGUCUCCUUCAAUGCAGAGUAUCAAAAUGGAACAGCCACCUCACCCUAUGUUUUACCCUUCGGAACAGUAUCCCCCAACUCAACAGCAAGUGCUUCACCCUCACGCAGUUCCUCACCUCCAUCCAACCCAGACUACAGGAUCUCAGUCUACAGAUAUACCAGAAUUGCAUCAGAACUACAUACAACAGCCACCCAAAGGAAUUCCCUACCCGCCACCUCCUGAGAAUGUGGACCUACAAGCCUACUUUCAUUUUCUAGAAUCUCAAGGAUAUCCAGUGCCAUACCAGAUGGUGUCAUCUCAGAAGCAGACCGGCAUGGAGCAUGUGACACCACAAGCUCCACAGGAGAUAAUGGUGCCACGUCCCCCUUCUCAGAGUAAAAAGACAACUGCUUCACCCCGCCUCAGCAGUCGGCAUGAAAAAUUACUUGACGGAAAAAAACCUGAUAGUGCAAGACAGACACCAAAUCGGGACAGCAUGGAUGACCGAACUUCCCAGUCAUCUCAGCGACAUGUCGACGGUAUCAGACAGUACCAUGAACAAAAGCGACAACAGAAUGAGGAUGAAGAAGUGUUAGAGAGACAGAGAACAUUUGCAAAGGCAUCUAUUGACAGAUAUUUCAACUCUCUUGAGAAUCUGUAUCGGCGAGAAAAGGCCAGUCAUGAAGAUAAAGAGGAGGAGAUAGAGGAAGAAAAAGAAGGAAGAGAAGCUGUCUAUGAAGAAAGAGAAACCUUGGUAAAUACAGAAGUAACCGUGGCAACAAUGAAGGCAGGAGGUAUUACUGACAGAAUGGAUCAACUUGGGUUAGACCUCUCCUUCCUUAGGGAUGGUAAAGACAGUGAUAAUCAGAAAAAUACAGCAGUACAGAAAGAAAACAAGGGAGAGGACCCUAAAGAUAAACGUGUGAUUGUGUGUCCAGAGUGCGGUGAGAUCAAUAAACCCUACAUGACCUGGUGUGGAGAUUGUGGAGAUGUUCUGAUAGGUGUAGAACCAAUACUACCCACAAAGAAAAAAUACAGAGAGAAAAAACAGGAAAGAAAAACAGAAAGAAUUGGAGAAAAUAAAAUUGACAAAAAUGUCACAUUUAAGGAGAAAACAGACCAUAGUGAAAUUACAGGUACUAAUUACGAGUCCCCCAUACAUGGAACUAGCUCUCCUAAAGGUAAAACUUCACCUAAUAAAUCAGAAAGCCGGGAUAGUGGUCGACCAUCUAGUGAAGACCUGGACUGUGGCCGGACUGAAAAGGACGUUAUUGACAUUUGUGAGUCAAUAGAUGAUCCUGUAAUGAAGAGUUUCAUCAAGUCUUAUUUUAACAGGAAGAGACAGGCUUUAGAAGAAACAAGAAAAAGUUUGGAAAGUGAGUUUCAGGAAGUUUCUGAUUCUGCAAGAGUUGAAAAAGAGUUGGAGAACCAUCAGCCUGAAUCACAAGACACAGAUAAUUUCAAUGAUAUAUUUGAUGACCAGGAAUUGUUGAGGAAAGAGGAUAUUUGGCUCCAUGAACAUGUGUCAGCAGAGGUGGAAAGUAAACCAUUAAGAGGCAAGAAAAGUGGGCCACUGGAUAUUGAGGUGUUCAGUGUAGCAGAGACAAGGCAAAGUAGGAACUCUAGUCGUGUGGAAUGUGUAGUCCCUAUGUUAAACCUUGUCAACAGUAGUGAUGAAGAGGAUGAGAUAAGAGAAGAUAACUCUAAUCAAGAACCCCAGCGACCACCAGUAGUCAGCAUGUCUUGUGAGAGUGAUGAUUGGCAUCAGAUGUUUGAGCAGCAAGUGAGACCCCCUCCCGCUUCACCCCCGGUCCCUCCAUUGGUAGAUCUGUCAGAGGACACUAACCAGCAGAGAGGGAUAUUGGAACAGAUAGUUGAACAAGAAAUUUCUAGAAAACCUCCAGCAAGUGGUGAACCAAAUACAAGAAAAAGUACCUCCAAGAAUAAAAAAUCAAAAGUGAGGAGUUCCAUUGAAGCUCCUGGUUAUCAGAGACACUGGGAGAGAUCCAGCAUAGCAUGGGGUUCCUACAACUCCAGGGAACUGUCCACUAAGUCGAGCAUGAAGGGCCCUCAGAACAGCAAAGCUAGACCAUCAAGUGGGAGUCGGCGAUUGGUCAGUAAAUCAGUCAGUGUUGACAGUAUAUCCCAGCCAUUUGAUGACACACCUUCCACUAGUGAGGCUUCAGGGCAGAGCAAAAAGUCACGCCCCUCAAGUGCAGACCUGUCAAAAAGGAAACAGAGACCCAGUAGUGCUCAGAAUCCAAACAGGAAAACAACUGAUUUCAACAGAAAUUCUUCAGACCGGCCUCAUUCCUCAGAUGUCCGCCAUGGCCGUCUCCAGCACCGCAGUUCCUCAGAGACUGCCUUGACUCCAGCUGACCGGGAACGGCCCCUGUCAUCUGAGAGAAGAACCAGUCCUGCACGAAGAAUUCGUCCAAAAUCAAAGGAGAGAUCUCUCUCGCAUAGCCAAUCUCCUGAUAUAGUAGAGAACAGUUUAUUUGUUCCAAGACCACCCAAUAGUGUCUCUGACACCAGUAGGGCAGAGCAAAAUCAGCCACCCCACCUCUCAACUACCCAACAUUCCUCAUCCCCACUCCCACUACCACACUCCCAGAUACCAGAACACUCAACAGCUCCAGUAUCACAGAACCAGCCAUCUAGGAACUGCACCACAACCCCAUCUUCUCCUACUCCAGACAGCCCAUCAAGUCUUCCAUACGUUGUAGAUCACAGGUUGCCUGCUGAGUUGGUGAUGGACCCUCCACAGACCUCGCACACAAGUGCAGAAUCUGUUUUGAAUGCUUAUUCAAAAUAUCAUGAAAUGACUCCUCGGAUACAGAAGGGAAAAUUCUCAGCAUGGCUGUGUCUACCAGAUGAGAUCUUACUACAUAUACUGUCUUACCUGACGAUGGAAGACUUGGCACGAUGUGCACGCACCUGUACAGACUUUCAUCGUGUGGCCAUGGAUGACUCACUUUGGAAGUAUAUCACAGUGAAGAAGAAGCACCACCUCACAGACGAGUCUCUCACUCAGAUUGGUAAGAGACAUCCUGCCAGUCUGGCCCUGAUCCAGUGUCAUGGCGACAACAUCACAGCCCGGGGGCUGAGGGACCUGUUCCGGGAAUGUGGUGAUGGUCUCAAGGAGCUCAAUUUGUGCGGUUGCAGUCGUGGAGCCCUGACUGGGGACUGUAUCCUUCUCCAUGCCUCUGCACGCUGUCAUGGUCUCACACAUAUAGAUGCUAGCUGGUGCAAUGUUACAGAUAGCGGUAUUGGUGCUAUAUCAGGGUCAUGUGAUAGGCUUGAAAGUCUGUGUAUAAAUGGAUGUCAAAACGUUAAAGAUGAAGGACUGGAAACUGUUAUAAAGAAACAUGGGAAAAGCUUGCGACAUUUGGAGAUGUUUGGAUGUUUUAAUAUUACACCGAAGAGUAUACGUUUUCUUGCAACCCACUGUCUGAACUUGCUGAACUUAAACUUAGGACAAUGUUAUAAGUUGACAGACUCUUGUAUAUCUCAGUUAUCUUCUAGUCUUGGACGAGUAGAGAACCUUGACCUUCGUGGCUGUAAACAGAUAAAGGACAACUGUAUAAGGUAUGUGGUGAAGAACUGUCCGCGGCUACAGACUAUUUCCCUCGCCAACUGUCCCAACAUCACUGAUGUCUCCAUGUUGGAAGUAUCAACAUACAUCACAGAUAUAAGAACUAUAGAUGUAUGUGGAUGCAGGAAUGUCACAGACAACAGUAUCAGAGCCUUAGCUAACAACUGUCAAAAUCUUCGUAAUAUUGACAUCAGUUCCACAGGCUGUUCACACCGCAGUGUAUCCAUGUUGGCAAACUUCUGUAAUCAACGACUCGAGACAGUCAAGUUAAACUUCCUGUCAGAUAUAACAGACCCUGUGAUCAUCAAACUGGCCAAACACUGUCGAAAGUUGAAAUUGCUACACUUAUAUGGUUGCACCAGUAUCAGAAACAGUGACAAGAUCAGGGAAGUCAACGGGGUUGUUAAAGUAGAAAUGUGA